AAGUGCGGCGUUAAACAACAAACAAACAAAACCUCCAACCGUCUAGCAGAGGAAACUGUUGCAGGAGCAGUAAUGCGCGAUCGUAGAACUGACUAGCGGUUGGCGACUUUCACAAAGCGAUAUUAGUAUUAGCCUAUGUGAGUUACGAUCGAUCUACAGCUACCCUCGCUUUGUGACACGGGCCCGUGUAUAAAGUUCCCAACAUUAUUAAUCUUAACGUCCCGUGCCCAAAAGCCAAUUUGAAUGCAAAAUAUAUGAUCCAAACCAGGAUGUGACACAUCAACAACAAUUCUAUGUUGGCAUGUGAGCGUGGGAGUCGAGGUCCAACGAGCUUGUUGACGCCUUUGCCUCUUAUCACAAUAAUCCACCCACCCAGCAGUGAACGUACCGUCAGGCCAAUAUACGGAACACCAGCAGCGCACACGUGUACCGCCCGUGUGGCAAGGUUCAGCCAAAACAAACUGGCAUGGGCGUCGUUGACAUUCCACACAAACCGGCUACUUAUAAUCCAACAAGAGGUCAAGCUGAUUUUCACUUGGGGGACGCUAUCACGCAAGGAUGGCUGUGUCUGCUCAUUCGCUGAUGUUCCUUGUUUUCAGCUUGGUUGUGGCAUUUACGUUGGUUCAUGCAAGACGUUGCCCGUUCCACAUCGAUGUGCUCAGAGGCGCUAUAUUGGUAGAUGCAGAGCCCGAAAGCCCCGCUAUUAUUUCCACACAAGGACACUGAGUUGUCGCCCUUUCUCCUAUGGCGGAUGUAGGGGCAAUACUAAUCGUUUCUACACAAGGGACGAAUGUGAGAGGGAGUGUUCCCCACUUUAAACAUAAAUGACAGUGGGGCCAUUCCAAAGGCACUAAAUAAAUACUUGAAGCACCAA